AUGUCAUCUGAGCGAAAUACACUGCGUUAUGUUCUUUGUCACAAGAAAGCACUCGAGCCAAGUUUAUCUGACAUCCCAGCGCAUUUUUUGGGCAGAUUCCUAUUUACAGGCGAUCUAAUCAGCACAAUGGAGAUAUCGAAAUCAUUGCGGAAGCUGCUAGAAAGCAUCCCUGGAGUAAGCUCAAUCUUCCUCACAGACCGUGAUGGCGUAAUUGUCCUGAGCGUGGGUGAAGAGUUACGUUCCAGAGCCUCAUUGAUAUCAAGUUUGCAAGCGACGCAAGAUCAAACGGGAAAGCUUGUGAUGGGAGCUCAUCACGCCUCAGCUUUCUUCUACGAAAAUAGUCAACUGAUUAUCCUGAAUGUCCCACCGCUAACAGCAUUUGUUGUUGCUUCACCGUCAGCAAAUACUGGAAUGCUACUCAAAUUACGAGAACAAUUAACACCUCUUGUGCAAGAAGUUGAGGGUAUUGUACCCGAAAUACCAAGCUGCAAUAAAUCGAAUUAGUUGGGCAACAAGCGCUGUCCUUUGGCACAUCGAACUCCAUCAUAAGCUGAAUCUGGUAUUCGAUCAAAGCUGCCUUCAGUAAUCUGCUUCGUUAUCUUCGUGGAAGUUUGUAAUGAUUUGAAUAUUACGAAGCUUUGAUACUAUACAUCUGUGUUUUGAGCUAUUAUUUCUGUUUUUGUGGCUUUCUUGGUUAUUUGCUCUCAUCCGACACUGUUGACAUUCAUUUUGUUAAGUUUAGCAGUAGGCUAGCGAACCCGAAUGCUUACCUGUACGAGUCCAUUUAUAGAAAUGUAUGUAGUUUUGUUAAUACCUUUGCUUCGGGAAUGCUCAGUCAGCGAUUUUUCAAAGAAAUCUUCGG